AUGGAUCCUCUGUACGACGCCACCGACUUUAACGGCACCAACUGGACAAACGCGCCCGUUAACUGCAGCGACGGCUUCAACCAGUUCGUCCAGCCGGUGUGGCAGAUCACACUCUGGGCUGUCGCGUACUGCAGCAUCGUCGCGGUGUCUGUGGUGGGCAACAUGGUGGUCAUCUGGAUUAUUCUGGCGCACAAACGCAUGAGGACCGUCACCAAUUACUUUCUGGUGAACUUGGCGUUCGCUGAAGCCGGCAUGUCAGCAUUCAACACGGUGAUCAACUUCGCCUACGCAGUUCACAACGAGUGGUACUUUGGUUUGGUUUACUGCCGCUUCCACAACUUCUUCCCCAUUGCUGCCAUAUUUGCCAGCAUUUACUCCAUGACGGCCAUAGCUCUGGACAGGUACAUGGCGAUCAUCCAUCCCCUGAAGCAGAGGCUGACCUCCACAGAGACCCGUGUGGUGAUCGGGGUGAUCUGGAUGCUGGCUCUGCUCCUAGCCUUCCCCCAGUACUACUACUCGUCCACCGCCCCGCUGCCUGGACGCACAGUCUGCUACAUAGACUGGCCUGAAUACACCAUCGUGGACUUCAAGAAGAUAUACCAUGUGUGUGUGACGCUGCUGAUCUACUUCUUGCCCCUUUGCAUUAUGGGAUGGGCGUACACGACGGUGGGUAUCACCCUCUGGGCCAGUGAGAUUCCUGGAGACUCCUCUGAACACUAUAAGGAGCAGCUUAUUGCCAAACGCAAGGUGGUGAAGAUGAUGAUCGUGGUCGUGUGCACGUUCGCCGUCUGCUGGCUGCCCUAUCACAUCUACUUCCUGCUGCAUCAGUUCUUUCCCGACUUAUUCGAGCAGCGCUACAUCCAGCAGGUCUACCUGGCCAUCAUGUGGCUGGCCAUGAGCUCCACCAUGUACAACCCCAUCAUCUACUACUGCCUCAACAGCAGGUUCAGAGCAGGUUUCCAGCAGGUGUUUUGUUGCUGUGCUCCCACUGUCGCCAAGGAGGAGCUCGAGCUCAAAUCACGGCGCUACCUGCACACCCAGGUGAGCAUAUACCGAGCCAGUCGGGCGGAGACCGUCGUGUCCACCGCCGUCCAUCCCGCAGCGCCGGAGCCAAAGAGGGCAGAGCUGCCGUCCUGCGGCCCUCCUGGCCAGCCUCGCGCGGGGGUCACAUCCAACGGCUCAGAUACGUUCACCCGGAGCCCCGACAGUCCUGCACAGUAG